GCAGGUCAACGGAAGUGCAGUGUAAAUCCAUGGACGCCGUUGUUUGAUGGAAGUCUGUUGAUCAACGAGAGCGAGGACAGUCUGACUGAGAGUUUGUUUGAGGGAUACUUGUACAACACACACCUCACAAUGCCUCCGAGCCGGCCGGUGACGGGCUCAAACAAGGCUCGUAAAAAACUCAUCCGUCCCAGUUCUGCGUCUGCAAAUCUUCACUGUUAUUCUAUAAGUGUACUGGACAAUGCCCAGAGACCGGCCACAGCAGCCACGUCCGGACUGCUCUCAGACAAACCCCAAAGACCUACCACCCAAGCAGGAGGGUCCCGAAAACAAUGGGAACCGCCAAAAGAAGACAACUCCUUUAUCGAGGCGGCAAAACAGCCCCGCCGUUUGACUCUUGGGGCCGUGGAUGGGAUCCUGGAAUUACAAUCCAUCAAAAGACCAGGAAAUAUUCAAGGAUCGGUGUCACAGCAGCUGAAAAACAAGAUUGAAGAGCAGAUCAACAUAGAGACAUUAGAACAGUUGAAGCAGGCAUUUGCUGAAGCUGAUGCCAACCAAUCAGGACAAUUGGAUUUGGAAGAGUUCAAGGCUCUGCUCAAACAGAGGCUGUACAUCAAAGGAAACAAGCGACUGCCCAGGACCUCGUCGGUGGUACUUGAGAACCAGAUAGACUCGCUGUUUAUGAAGAUAGAUUGGUCGUCGGAGGGUGUAAUUUCCUGGGACGAGUUUUGCACCUACAUGCAGCUGGAGUAUGCAGAAAAGGAAGAUUCGUAUCUCCGAUCUAAAGAGGUCAACUUUCAUCUCCCGGCCAAGAUACAAAAUCCCCAGCACAAGAAUCCCAUUCUGAAAAUCACGGACACUCCCGACGGAACGUUCAUAGCAUGUAGUCAGGAUGGCAUGGUGACUUUCUGGGGAGCUAAUGUCGAACUGAAGGAAACUAAAUAUGUUGUGAAUACUGAGGCCAAAAACAAACAGAAAACAAAAUGGAUCACCGAUUUUGUAAUCAUGGCCCAGUGGAAGAAGGUUCUUGUGGGAACGGGAGACAGAGAAAUUCAGUUCUUUGAUUCCUCCUCCUAUAAACCAUAUUGUCAAAUCAGCAGUCUGGAGACGGUGCCAUUAAAACUGGAUUACUGUGCGACUGGGUCAGACGAGUGUUUGAUUUUAUUUGGGGACAGCGAUGGGUGCAUCAACAUACUAGUCAUUAACUCAGUUGGAGAGUGUCUCAGGACAUGGAACAAACUCCCCAGUAAAGAGGGGUUUAUAGCGGAAAUUAGUCUGUCGGAUGCUAUAUCCAAAUCCAAAAUCCAAUUCAUCCGUUGGAAAGUUCACGGAGACUGGGUACAACAGUUGAAGUAUUACCAUGAUAUAGGACAAGUCAUCUCAUGCUCAAAUCACCAGGAAACAGCAUUAGUUAUAGGUUGUACGUCUGGAAGCACUCGAGUCGACCAGGGAGGGAACUCCUACACAGAGAAAGCCAAGAAAACAAAUGCCAAACUGAGGCUGGACGCGGACCAGAAAGUGUUCUACGUUUAUAAAGGAGUCAAAUGCUUCGACUUUUCAAAAGAUAAAAACAUCAUCGUUACUGGGGGGAUGGACAGGAUUGUGAGACUGUGGAACCCUUAUGUCUCCGAUAAACCAACUGCCAUGCUUCGUGGACAUAACGCCCCCAUAUUUUAUCUGUUUAUCGCUAAUGAUGAAAAUCGUGUGUUCAGCUUAUCCACAGACAAGUGUAUCAAGGUGUGGGACAUUUUGGAUCACAAUUGUCUGUUGACUGUCCGACCAAAAGGUCACAAGAUUCGAGGUGACCUCCAAGCCUGCCAUUACUCCAGUGCUGCCAAGAGCAUCGCCAUAGCAACUGAUCAAAUGGCUAUUCUCAAUCUCAAACAAAAACUGGACGCGAAUCUCUGCAGACCUACAAAGCAUGCAGACAUCACCAUCACUCACAAAGAACCGGUCACCUGUGUACGAUAUAAUCCUAGCUUUAAACAAGUCAUCACCUGCUCGGAGAGUUCAGUGAUUAAGUUGUGGGAUCUGGAGACAGGAACGCCCAUCUUUGAAUAUGGCGACGCCCACGGAGAUUCUGCCAUCACUUGCAUGACAUUUGACAACACUGGAAGAAGGUUAAUAACUGGGGGUAGGGAUGGCAUUCUCAAAAUCUGGAACUAUAACAAUGGACAUUGUCUGAAAGUUCUUAAGAAAGAGGAUGAUAAUGACGAGAUCUGUGACAUAACUUACGUAGAGAUGAACAGAAACAGAUAUGUGGUGUCUGUUGGAUGGGACAAAAGAAUCAAUAUUUACUCGGAUUCUGUGACUGAUGUCAACAUCCAUCAUGUACAGCAUCCGAAUCCGAACUGGUCGGAUGAUCUGAAGGACGGUCACAGGGAAGACAUCCUGUCUGUCUCCCAAUGUCCGCCAAAUCUGCUGGCGACAUCCGGAUACGACGGAGAAAUCAUCGUGUGGAACAUGGUUUCUGGUCACAUCUUCUGUCAUCUUUCUGCGCCGUUACCCAGUGACUACGAGGACCAAUCAUUGGAUGGAGACCUGAGUAUCAACAAGCUGCUGUUUAUCCAGAGUCGUGCGUACAACAAGGACUCGGCCUCUCUGAUUGCCAGUGGGCCGCGGGCGCACAUUCAUUUCUGGAACGUCUUCCAGGGCGGCACCCUCAUGGCUCAGUUCCCAGGGUCCACUACUCGGGGUGCAAUGAUCAGCACAAUGGCCAUCACGGAUACGACAGAAGGAAACGAGGACAGCAUCACGCUGAUGGUGGGGGACAGCUUGGGGUUCAUCUUCCUGUUUGACAUCUCUGGGUACUGUCUGAUUGCAGCAGAAGAGGACCCCCCGGAAUUGCUACACAGCUGGCGUGGACACGUGGACAGCAUCACGUGUAUGGAGCUGGUGGAGAAACACAGACUAUUGAUGACUGCCUCCAACGACUGCACUGUCCGCAUGUGGAACUUCGACGGUGACUACAUAGGAACAUUUGGUCAGCCUGACUCUUGGGACAUUUAUAAACCUUCAUCGUAUCGCCAUCCCAUGGUUCCCUAUGACGUGUUAAUCGACCCAAUGAGCCUGCCAUCGCACCCCGUGAUAGAAGAGAAACAAAAUACUCAACAGAUCAUCCACGAAGGAGAAAAUGGUCAUUUGAAGGCUCCUCAGUUUACAUUCAAGAAGGAGCAAUUUUAUAUCGAUGAUGAAGAAAUCGCUACAGAACUUCGUAAACUUCAGACUAUCCUCAAAGACGAAUCUCUCACAGAAGAACAGGCCAAGGCAUACAAAGGAAAAUGGUUGCGUCAUGAGAAAACUAAGAUAAAGGAGAUUGACCGAGGCGGCCCCAGCGAUUAUCAAAUGCUAAAAUGGUCCCCCAUUCAGGAGCCACCCUCCAUCCCAAAACCCAAAUCCAUGAAGAAAAGUAAAGACGAUUCGUUCGACAUUGCGUUGGAAAUUUAAGCCCUCUUGAAGUUCAACAUAAUCUCAAGUUGCCAUGGAAAUUGUGUGGAAUAAUUUUAUGAGCAAAAAAGCAUGAUGUGAAUAGAUUUUUAUACAAUUUUACAAAUCAUGAACAACUUUACUUGCAGUAAUUUUAAGUAGCGUUCUCCGGUUGAGCUUUUAUUUGAAGAAAAGGCCAUUGUUAUCAGAGAUUUAGGGUUGUGAUGUACAGGAAUCCAAAUCAGAUAAUCUUAUUGUGAAGACAUUUAUGACCUGUCAUCACCCGUGGGUGUGAUGAUUUAGUAAGUGCACAGCUUUGUAAGAUUCCUGGUGCAGUAUGCGCGAAUCUUUAUUGCGAGUACCGACCUUGGAAAAAUUGUCGUUAACAUCAGAUUUGUGAGAAAAUAAAAUCAUGAUUGCUAUAUGUACUUCAAAAGUAAUGAUGAAUUUAUUAAAACGAGACUUAAUAUUCUGCAGGUGACUUCUUUUGAAUUAACGUGAAUAUUGAUUACUCACGUAGAAUUAGGAAUAGAUCUGAGUCUCGUCAGUAGAAUAAGAUACUGCCCUAACGUUUCAUGGGUAACUUUUGUAAUGUUUUAAAAUUAGAGCAUUUUGACUGUUAAUUAUUCUGUCUAUGCUGAAUGUAUACAUUUCAAAGUUUAUAUAUACGUUUUGGAAUGGCAGGUUUUAUCCUUUUGUUUUACGGUGUGAAUUUCUAUCUGUGUAUGAAGACAAACUUGACAUUGGUGUUUGUUUGAUCAUGCUGCAAUAGGAGGUGACCUCGCUGUGUAGAUUCUCGAACUGCGUGAGGUAUAGAUACAAUAAUAGCUGGUAUAUUGCUGAAAACUUAUAACAUUAAAAUUCUGUUUUCUUUUAUAUAUAAAAAACCCCACAUUGGACUGCUGUCUCAUCUAUGUAACUUGUACUACACAUAUGUGUAAGGUCCAUUUUGUAUUCUACAUCAUUCAGAUUCUCAGUUGUUGUUUUUUCAAUCUCUCAAUACUGUUCUUUGUAGACUUCCUUUUUUUUUGUUGAUAUUUCUUAAUGAAUGUUUCUGUGGUCAUCUCCUGGAAUUUUAUGGAAGAAACAUUUUGAACAGAGAGACAACAUCUUAAUGAUAGCGGAAAUCUUUACCCUAGUAUUAUCUACCAGUCCCAUCCAGCUGUAUAAUAUACAUGUUUUUAUACAAGAUUUAUAUAUAUGCAUUGUUGCUUUGGAGAUUGUUCAGUAUAAAAUAUAUAUUUAUUUUUGUAUGUUCUGUUGACUGUGAUAAAUUUUUCAAGGAAAUAAAAUUUCACAAAUUCU